ACCUGUUGCCAGAACACACCAGUAUUAGUAUUACAUAACCCAAUGGUAGUGCGAAGCACGUACGGACUGCAUUAGUUGACUUUGUGUUGUGCCACAGACCAAUAGUUGCUCGUCCUCAUUCCCAUUCGUGCCAAAGCCAAAGCUGUACCACCGCCGGCAAAGACGCUCCCCGUGUUGUUCCCGGUGACGAAAAACCAAAUGCAGGGGUCCGUUUUGAGAAUGGGGCCAUGCGGCGGCGGCGGCGGCCACGACAGGGACAUGGACAUGCGCGGCGUCAACCGUGUUGUCAAGCUGGUCGUCCGCCACGGCGACACCGUCGACGCCAUCUCCGUCCUGUACGAGCGGAACGGCCGGGAGGAGUGGACCGACCUGUGGGGAGGACAAGGGGGGACGCUCUCCGAGAUCUGCCUGCGGCCGGACGAGCACUUCACCGGCGUCGUGGGCCACUACGGCGAGUUUGAUGGCAGCUUCGCCGUGAGGUCGCUCACUUUCGUCAGCAACGCCCGAAGCUUCGGGCCGUACGGGCAGGAGGAUGGCGUGCCGUUCGCGCUUCCUGCGGCCGGCGGCAAGAUCCUCGGCUUCCACGCGCGCUCUGCCCGCCGCCUGGACGCGCUCGGCACCUACGUCAAGAUGGCUGAUCAGUCGACACAUACCCCACAGAAGUGAUCAUGACCUUGCUCAUAGAAGUUCCUUAUUGUACGCGCGUAGUGUAUCUCACUAGUUACGGCUACUCCGUGCUACUCUCACCGUCUCAUAAUAUAAAACGUUUUUUUAGCACUACACUAGUGUCAAAAAAACGUCUUACAUUAUAAAACGGAGGAAAUACUAUUUAUCAUG